AUGCACAGAGGACCCCUCUCCCUUGUACUCUGCCCUGCCUCCUCCUUCAGCAUCCGUGUCUACCAGUGCCUUGUUGUUGUUGUUGCUGUAGUUGUUGUGAUGCUCGUCCUCAUCAGGGCAGGGCACACAGAGUCCAGACUGUCAGCAGAGCUAACUGCUCCAAGAGCCGACUUUCAGGACCAUCAAACCACUACUGCCAUUCAACCCACGCAGGAGAAACAAGCCAGAGACAGACUGCAGCAGGAGUCAGUCUGCACCAGCAGCUCGGACGUUUGCUGGACUGAAGCUGCAAAAAUGGUGCCAAUCAACUGUGAAAACUGUCACACACAAACACACACACACACACACACACACACCAUCAUCAUCAUCAUCAUGAGUGCUUUUUAA